GGGAAAUCAUAGCCAAUAAAUACCGACAGGGUCAAAGCUCCUGUCACAUUGAGGCUGUGAACUAAUGCUGCUGAUGUUGUGAUUGAUUCUCCACAAAAAAGAUGGUCACCAGCAGACGAAAGAUGAAAGAUGAAAGGACGACAGAUGGAAUUCCCGGACGAAGCCUGCAGAGCACGUGGAGUGCUUACAUACACGGGAAUAGCCUCAGGCCGGCCAUCCUUGCCUGAGGAUCGCUGGGCUGCCUGAGGUUCAUCUUCGGACGGGGAAAGAGCGUCCGCCACUUGAGAGACUCGUUAUGACCGUCACUCCUUGGAGAGGCAGCCAUGGAGCCACUCUCCACACGCUUCCAAUCUCCAUGUAUACACCUUAGCCACUCAUUUAGCGCCAAUCCUUCCCUAUCUGCGUCCUGCUAUACUUCUCAUCAUGGGCCAAAACGUCUCCGCCGUCAAUGGCGUGCGGUCGGACAACUACUACCAACCCGGCAAUGCCAUCAAUGAGAUCUGGUUCGGUGAUGUCGAGCUCAUCUCUCGUCUUCCAUUUGGGGACUCCGAUAUGGCCCAGGCGGGCUGGUCGAACGGCGAAUGGCCGAAAGUCCCCUGGCACAAUUUCAUCAUUCCCAUGAAACGAGAUCUGGUCCCGACGACGGUAGAGCACGCGGUUCCGGUGGUCACGGUUCCUGCCACUAGCCCGACUGAUCAGAAAGACGCACCGGCAGACCAAAGAGUCUUGCCCGGCAAGAAGGUAUCGCCUGGCAAGAAGCUAUCUUCUAGCAGCAAAAUAUCGCCUGCUUGUUCUGACGAAGGCGGCGACGACGACGGAUGGGACGAGCCCGGCGUGCUUUCUGACGUCGGCACCAUGGCCCUAAUGGGCGUCCUUUCUACUGUCUCCGUAGCGAGUUUUCGUCUGCCGAUUUACCUACGACAACGCCCGGAGCCGACCAGCUUAUCCAUGGAGCCUCAUAGGACGAAAACUCGGUACUAUAUCUCCCGCGCAGCCAUCGGCACGCUGUCCAUGAUGGUCUCUCUGACGGCCGCAAUUUUGAGUCUUUUUUUCCUCAUGACCUUCCGACCGUCUUCGUCACUGCGCGCUUGGUUUGCGCCGCUCUUUAUAACCCUAUGCUCCUUUCUCCUCGCAUGGGGAUUGUACAUUCAGGUCAAGACGGUCAUCCCGCUCUGGAAAGACUGGAGGAAGGUCUGGCGUGAGGGCGACCUGGAAUUGGUGCAACCAUAGUGUAUUCCCUGGAUCAUUCGGUUUUAUUUUUGCCUUCCGAGAACAUGGACGGUGGCUUAUCUUUAGCAAGCAACAUGGUGCAUGGGAGGUGUUCAUUUUUACCAUUGGGCAGCUGGCAGUGUUUGACGUCCAGGCGGCGAUUUCUGGGAGAAUACUACCUAGGCCCUACCUGGCACCGACAUACCUCGCUCUAUGAAAAGUGUCAGUCGUGUAGUAAAGCCUGCUCGUUACACGUCAAAAUUGUAUUUACAUAAUAUACAUACCAAC